AUGCGAAAUAGGUUAACGAAUCCCACAAAUUACUCUACCGACAAUUUAUUUUCCAAAAAAAAGUCAGAUUCGAAAAAUAGGAAAAGUAGCGUCGAUGACUACGGCCUGUUCGAUAAAAAAGCGGAGUAUGAUUUGAAACAGACCACAGAUAACGAUGGCGUAACGCACAUAUCAGUGCAACAGAAGGGUUUGGGUUCGAAAUACGACCAGCCGUUAAGUCUAAUCGGCAUAAGAAACGACUUAGCUGAUGCUGGUGAGAUAGAUAGCAUAAUAUACACGGAUAUAGAACUUCCAGCGAAGCCUCAAAAGAAAAAAUUGUUUAAUAAAAAAUCCAAGGCUCCUUCUCCACCGCUGUUUAGUAAAGAAACUCCGAAGGUGUUGAAAGGAGAAUUCGUUAGAGUGAACGUUGAUAGAGCUCCAGAUAUAGUGCCAUGGGAUAAUAAGCAGAAUAAAGUUCCCGACAUACUUUUAUUAAAGGACAAAUCGAAGCGAGGAAGUCCAACAAGUAACCUGUGGUCGACCAAUAAAGUAAGUACCGGCUACGAUUCAGAUUGCGAAGAAUGGAGGAGCAGCCGUUCCCAGUUCUCCACAACUGCAUUUGACAGUCUCGCUCGUCCCAAAAAAACAGCAAUGGCACUAACUCUUAGGAAACCACAAAGAGUUGAAACAGUACCACAGUAUUAUCGUCUCACUAGCGAGAAUAUGACGAAACUGACGCCAAUUCCUUUCCGACCAAAUAAUUAUCUACCCAGAGCGCCGAGACUGCCGCGUCCGAACCCGGAUAUAAAAAGGAAUCUAUCAACAGAUCAUAGAAUGUAUACAUCCCUACAAAAUUUGGAGAUCCCGAAAAAGCUGAGUGAACCAAAAAAGCAGAGUGAAAUAAAGAAAAACUAUUCCAACAUAUCCAACAAGAUAACUGGGCUUACAAAUAAGUUAAGGGAUUUAGGUGCUGGUAAUACAAUUGGUAGAUUUAAACAGUCGCACGAUGUAGCUCACCUGAAGCCAGUGUUGAAAACGAACGGGCAUGAUGCAGGGAAAAGAUCAGUCGUAAGAACUUGCAGUGCUGAACCACCAAAGAAAGUCACUUUCAGUGCUUUUGCUACUGUUCAAGUUGUUUAAACUAACGUCGCCGAAAUGUCCGUCGCAAGCGCAUUUGAGUCGAGCAAAAUUGUUCCAGAUGUCAUACCCACACCGCCUUCUAAAACUAUUGAGUUGAAGUAUCCCAGUGGAGUUGUGGCACAGCAGGGCAAUGAACUGACUCCUACCCAGGUCAAAGAUCAGCCUUCUGUUACCUUCGAAGCCGAACCAAAUGCGUACUACACCCUGGUUUUCACUGAUCCAGACAACUACGACGGUCCAGAACCAGUUUACCGUGAGUGGCAUCACUGGCUGGUAGGAAAUAUUCCCGGCAACAAUGUUGCAUCUGGAGAGGUACUCUCCGGUUACAUCGGCUCUGGUCCUCCAGAUGGCACAGGAAUCCAUCGCUACGUCUACAUCUUAUACAAGCAACCCGGCAAACUCAACUUCGACGAGAAACGAUUAACUAAUAAGUCUAUCGAUGGUCGAGCUGCAUUUUCGACAAAGAAGUUCGCUGAGAAAUAUAACUUAGGAGCCCCUGUUGCUGGUAACUUCUACCGUGCACAAUUCGAUGACUACGUACCACUUCUAUACAAGAGCCUGGGAGUUUAA